CACUUCCUCCCCAUCGGUCUCAGCAUCUCUCUGUUCCUCUCCCCCUCCCCACGGAGCAAACCCCCCCAGCUACUCGCGACGGGCGCAAGACGGGAUGAGUGCCGGGACACGCCACGCCCGACGAGGACGACCGAGCUGUGGGAAAUGGAGUUUGAGGUCUCCCUGGAGAACGAGCAGCAAUUCUGGGACGAAAUCCAAGAGAUCGUCUCCGUUCCUUGCUCCUCCGAAGACCAUAUCGACGAUGCGCUCCGAUCUUAUCUGAGUCUGUCGGCGAAGUAUCGAGAUGAAUACCUUCAGUCGGAUUUGGAUAUCACGCGAUGCUCGUAUAAGCUGCUCGCGUCGAAUAUCUUCGUCGCGCAUACGGAUUAUGUUCGGAGGCAGAUGAUCUAUGGGUUGUUGCAGGAUGACGAUCCGGCGACGCUUCAUGUCAUUGUGUCGUUUCUGCUCUUCGAUGGGCGGCAGCAUGAUGUGGCCUUUCGCAUGAUGAAUGAGGAGGGCUUGUUCCCCAGACUGUUGGAGCUGCUGCAGGCGCGGAAUCAAAGGGAGGAGGAGGGCGUUACGGCUGGUUUGCAUCGGCAGUUGAUGGAUCUGAUUUAUGAGAUGUCGAGGAUUCAGAGAGUCAAGAUUGAGGAUCUGGUUCUCGUGGACGAUGAUUUCGUCAAGGGCCUCUUUGAUAUUAUUGAGGAUCUCUCUUACGAUGUCAAUGAUCCUUAUCACUAUCCGGUGAUUCGGGUUUUGCUGGUUCUGAAUGAGCAGUUUAUGAUCUCUGCGCAUGACCCUAUCGAGGAGAAUUUAUCGACGAAUACCUUGACCAAUAAGGUCAUCAAGAUCUUGUCGAUGCACGGCAAUCUAUACAAGACUUUUGGCGAGAACAUCAUCCUCCUUAUCAAUCGCGAAGCCGAAACCUCGCUCCAGCUUCUCACGCUCAAGCUCUUAUACCUCAUCUUCACCACCCCGAGCACCUACGAGUACUUCUUCACCAACGAUCUUCAUGUCCUAGUGGACAUUCUCAUCCGAAACCUUCUGGACUUGCCCGAAGAGGCGUCCGCUCUCCGACACACCUACCUCCGUGUCCUUUAUCCGCUACUCGCCCAUACGCAGCUGAAAUACCCGCCCUUUUACAAACGCAAUGAACUCAGGCGGAUGCUCAGCAAUCUCGUUCACGGCCAGCUGUCCGAUGGCGAAGCAGACAGCGAGAAGAUCAUGCACUUUGACGAGGUGGACGAGACGACGCGAAGGCUGGUUCUUCGCUGCGCAACGGUGGAGUGGCUACGGGAGGUAAAGCCCCAGAAGCCUCAAGACGAAACCCCCGCGCUGCCCCUCUCGGCUUCAGACGGGGGGCCUCUUGAUGUUGAAUUUGGAGUUCCAUUGGAAUCGUUCCGGACUCUGUCGCCUACCAGCACGGUUGACAGCACCCCUGAGAGCUUAUCACCUACCAGAGUGGACGGAUCAGGCUCCAGUUUCCCGAAGCUCGACGCAGACCGCAAACUCAGCCAGGCGCAACGACUUGGGAUGCAUCUGGAGCCGGCGUCAUCGUCGUCACUUAGCGUCCAGGAAGUGGCCUCCCAGCACGAAAAACCGGGCGUCAUGACCCCGAGCCGCAAUGAUGUCCGCGCGGGGGCAGCCAGUCCAACAAGCUCUUCGAAGAUAGUCGGCAGACCUAAGAUCAAGCCCCUGCCCCCGAAGACAAGACGUUGGCGAGGCCGACGAGCCACCGAGGACGAGGACCAUCUGGCGCCGACAGACAGGAUCCCCGAAGAUACCGAAUCCCAGCAUACAAGUCCUCUCGCCUCGACAACUGGAGCGCACACGCCCGUGGACCGAAGGAACUCAACCAGCACGUCAGGACUCGUCCCGCCACCUGUCCCAGGUCACUCACGUCGCUCGGCCUCCAACCCACCACCGGCCGUUCCUCCACCCAGACGAUCAACCGUCCCCCACUUCCACGCAAUCCAUCAGGCCCUUCCAGUAACCAGCCACUGCACUCCACUCACCAGCCCAUCCCGACCCGCCCAGCAGCAGCAGCAGCAGCAGCAGCACCAUCAUCAUAGCAUCAGCACCCCCAGCACAUCAACCACCGCGCCUCCCCUCAGUACCAGCCCCAACACCCUCCCCCCGAAGCACGGACAGAAGCCCGAACCGCCGAAAACCCGUCGUCGAGGUCGCACUCGAAGCGCCGUGCCAGAUUCGUCUGAUCAACCACCACUACCAUCACUACCCCAUGUGCCUGACAUUCCCAGCGAACAUCUCACGCAUCACCCACAACCAGGAGAACACAUUACUGUUGACCCCCCAACCGACAGCGAGGCACCCAAGCCCAGCGCCACCAUCAGCGUGGAGGAAGCGGUGCAGAACGUGUCUCUUGAGUGACUGACUUUCCGAUUCGAUAUCAAGUCAAACGGCUCUGCAUACAUACGGUUAUUUUCAUUUCAUUCCCAUUUACUUACCUGGCUACCUUACCUCCAUUUCCAUCUCAUUUCAUUUCUUUGCAUCUCAUUUGAGUCCUCCAUGAUCCCUUCCAUCGACCAAUCGCAUCCAUUGGCAGGCAUACCAGCGUAUCGUAUUGUGUUUCGUUGUGUCUGUUCCAUCCAUCUUUCUCUGAAUAAUUUCUUACUUUAUUUUACUUUACUUUACUUUAGUACCUAUUUUGUUUCUCAAUACUAUUGAAUCUUGAUCCAUCAUCAUUGUUAUUCUGAUUAUUAUUAUCAUCUACUUGGAUCAUCUAUCACGGACUGACACGGAGUGCAAUGUAAUGGAAUUAACCUACCUACCUAGAUUCCCCUUGAGCAUUUACCCAGGGUACCUCCUCAUGCUUAAUUAAU